UUAUAAAAGAAAGUCUGCAGCUUUGUAAAAACAGUGCCGUCCUUUGUUUCUUGGUUAUAGCUAAACCUCUGUAAUCUUCCUCAAACAUAGAAACCUGAAAAACCCAUUAAAGUCUCGAUCAUCUAUAGGUGAUUCCGUUAUCUGGGUUGCUUUAGUUCUUUGAAUCUGAAAUUGGGUAACACUUAUCUUUACCAGCCAACUCUGCUCCAGAUUAGAUCUUAUGGACUGCUAUUUCAGGAGUGUUAUUGAUGAUUUUGUUGUCCCCAAGGACCAAGGAAUAUCAGAUAGGCUUCCAUCACCACACUGUUUUUUGAAUUGGGGAAUAAGGGCUCCUGAAAGUUAUGGGUUAGCUAAUAAAUGUUUUCUUAUGGAUGCAAGUUUGUCUCAAAGAGAAAUGAACCCCAGUGGUGAAGUAUUAUGUGAUGAGGAUAGGAUGGAUGCUUCGAUUCGUGGUAACAAACAGUCUAGCAGUUUGAGUCUCUGUGAAGGUUCAGUUGAUGACAUCUUCCACCAGACCACAACUUCACGUGAUCGGCCGGACUGCCAGCUUGAUGACCUGGUUGAGAUUGAUACGAUGGAUGACAUUUUCUUGGAUUCUUUUCUUGAAGAUCUACCUCGGACUGAAAAUCCUUGGAAAUCAUUUUGUCUUUCACCUGAGUCAGAGUGCAACUCAAUGCUAGUUGAUAGUCUUUCGAAAGACAUGAUUUUAGAUUCACAAAGUUUUUCAAGUGAUGAACGUAGUAUUGGAAGCUCCAAGUAUCUCAGAACACAUGAUUUUUCUUCAGCGGUGGAUUGGAAGAGAGAAGCCAAUGCUUCACAGUUUUUGCCUUGCACGACAAUAGAGGCGUCACAGAUCAACACCUCGCUCCCCUCUGAGCAGAACAGCAUUGAUGAAUGUGUGGACAAGGAGACAUCAGUUGAGGAAUCUGUGUUGCAGGAGCUUGAAAUGGUGAUGACACAGUUGACUGAUAAGACACGAAUAUGCUUUCGUGAUGCCUUCUAUCGACUAGCAAAUAACACGGAAAAACAUACAGUGGGACAGAAACAAAUUGAAGACAUCUCUCUGGAAAUUCCUCCAUUGAUGGGUCGUACUGAGAAAGAGAGGUUUGGAAGAAAGAAAGCAACAGAGUCAGAGACCAACAUCAUCGACAGAACCAUCGCAAGCCUCUUGUUUGGUAAUAUGCAAAUGUUCGUAGAAGAUUCUCCAGUGGAGAAGACAGCAAAUGCUGGCCAAGAGGCUACCAGAGUGACAGGAACACCAAACCAUAUUCUGCAUCAGCGCUACCCUAUAUAUACGGGCGAUGCUGAAGUCCCAAUACAUGGUCAUGGACACCUACAAGCAGCGGUUGAUCAUUGCAGAGAUGUCUCUGAAAUCCCUCCAGAUAACAAGAUGGACAAAGUUUACGAUACUGGUGUUCGGAUUCAUGACUAGGAAGAGAGUGUGCUUCCAGAAGUUUGACAGUUUCUGAAUCAUGUUUGUAUUUGAAUAUGUAUAUAUUAUAUAUGUCUUGAGUAGAUGAUGAGAACCCAAGAAUGUGGCUUAAGAAUGCAUAUAAUCGGGCUCGUCGAUAUAAGUUGAAGAUGGAUCGAGCCCAGUCAAGUCAGGAAAUUCAUGGACCCGAGGCCCAGCAGGAGGAAUCUGGAAUUAACUUGGAAGGCACGGCUGAAUAGGUUUUGUCUCAAGGAAGUUGAUAUAUCUUAUAAUUCUACUAGAGUUUCCUAUUUCUAUUAUAUAUAGUUUACUUUAUGCAGUAAGGUUAUUUAUUAGGAAGAGUUUACGAGACUAAUUCUAUUAGUAGUAGGAGAUAGUUUGGUUUGUAAAACUUAUAAAUACCCGUUCAUAGUAGGGUAGUGGUUAUGAAUUAUUCAAUAACAAAAAACACUGAGAAUUCGUUCUCACCAAUUUCCUAUCGUCU